AUGUCUCACUUUACAAGUGAAGAUGAAGCUCUGUUACAGUCUAUGCUUAGACAGUUGCUGCGGAGUGUGAAGGAAAAAAUCACAGGAGCCCCAUCAGUAGAAUGUGCAGAAGAGAUUCUCUUACAUUUGGAGGAAACAGAUGAGAAUUUUCACAACUAUGAGUUUGUGAAAUACCUAAGACAAUAUAUAAAUAAUACUGUGGGAUCUGUGAUUGAAGAAGAAACAGAAAAAUGUACUUCUGCACAAAAUCAGGGUGAAGUAUCUGGCUAUGACAUGCUUGUCCAACAUGUUACUAAAAAGACUCGUGAAUCAAAAGAAUACAGAGAAAUGAUGCAUGCCUUGAAGAAUGUCAUGAUGGUUGUGGUAGAAUCUUUGAUUAACAAGUUUGAAGAAGAUCGGAUGCGUGAUAAGGAGCUGGAUAGGAAAACAAAGAAAGAACGUCAGAGUGGCUAUUAUACAGACAACUGUUCUGACAGUGACUCCUCCUUCAACCAAAGCUAUACAUUCAUGAGUCAAGAACAACUGCAGCUGCUUGUAGAAAGGCUUGACCCUAUUCAGCCUAAGGAAGUUCGCCAAGAAGCAUUGCAGACACUCUGCUUUGCCCCUGCUUCUGAUAUACUGAACUCUGAGAGUUGGCCAAAUCUGCGUAAACAUCUAAUGAUGUCUCUCUCAGAUCCUGAUGCAACAUUCAGUGAGAAAAUUCUUAGGUUCUAUGCAAAAACCUUUUCGUCUUCUCCAUUUAAUAUGACAAGAGAUGUUUAUACAAGUUUAGCAAGACACUUGGAGUUGCACUUUCUUUCUGGAGAAUACUCUCUUCGUAUUUCAGCUGGUCUGGAUGUAUCUAACACAGAUAUAAAUAGUUUACUUAAAAAGGUCCGCCUUUUAAAUGAGUAUCAAAAGGAAGCUCCAUCUUCCUGGAUUCGUCAUCCGGAAAAGUACAUGGAAGAGGUAGUAGAGAGUACCUUGUCACUUUUGUCAGUAAAACAUGAGCCUAAUCAUCCUGCCUCUCCAGAUUUUUUGAGUCCAGUCUACUUCUUGGCUCUGCUAGAUAUCAAAGCAGUAUGGUUUAAAAAGUGGACGCAUGCAUAUUACAGCAGAACAGUGGUACUUAGGCUUUUGGAAAAGAAAUAUAAAUCUUUGAUUAAUGCAGCUGUCCAGCAAUGUCUUGAUUAUUUUGAAUUUUGCAAGGCAGCAGUUAAUAAAAAUUCCAGAGUCAAUGACUUCUCCCAGCAGCAUUGUAGUGAUAAGCAGAACUUUUCUUACACUGGACCAGAAUUGCAGUACAUCUAUUUUGUUCAUUCACUGUGCCUUUUAGGAAGACUGUUGAUCUAUAAGCAAGGCCGAAAUCUCUUUCCUGUACAGCUGAAAAAUAAAAAAGGUAAUGUAUCCGUAACCGAUCUGUUGGUGUUAUUUACUCAGCUUAUUUAUUACUCUCCAAGUUACUCAAAGACAGCUUUGGCAGCACAUACAGACAAUUAUUCUCCAGCAAGUCUUGUUAUGGAGAUUCUGCAAGUUUUUUGUGAUCAAACAGGAUGUGCUGCUGAAUGUUUAUAUACGGAUGCAGUGAUAGAUGCCCUACUUCAUCCUGUUCAAAGUUUACUGAGUGGCACAGAGAUGUAUAUAAAUUGUCUUGAAACCACUCUAAUUGAUGUAGCUGAUAUUUUGGCAAGGAUUGCUGCUGUAGAAGAUGGUCUUUCUCUUCUUCUUUAUGGAGAAAAUGAAAAAAAUGCCGAAGAAGAUAGGCCUACAGCUGUUCAUGUAAUUGUUCAGUUUACAAAGAAACUUCUUCAUGACGACAUUUCUCUUUUAUCUGGAGCUGAGCUUUUGCCAGUUGUUAAAGGAGCUUUCAUUUUUGUAUGCCGUCAGAUGUACAGAACAUGUGAAGGCCUGCAGAUGCUAGUUCCUUAUGGCUUGCAUGAAUCUUUUGGAGAGGCCUGGAAAAAGACAAGUUUGCUUUCAGAAAGAGUACCCACUCCUGUAACUGGCCCAGACUCGACUUCAUCAAUAAGUCUAGAGUCAAAAAACAUUUUGUUGUGGGAAGAGACUUUGUUAGAUGCCUUGCUAAAUUUUUCUGCCACACCCAAAGGACUAUUUCUGCUUCAUGGUACAGGUGCCAUGAAUGACUGUGUGAACUUUAUGUUCAGCAGUUUAUCAAAAAAACUCCAGACAAAUGAAUAUGAAGAGUUUGGUAAUAGAGUGAUUGUCGCACAAAUGGCAACAACACCAGCAGGUGCAGUAGCUCUACAGAGCUCAGGCUUUAUAAAGGCACUUGUAACUGAAUUAUGGGCUCUUUUGGAGUGUGGAAAAGAUGAUUUGAGGAUAACUUAUCCCAAAUCUACUCCAGUUGACCCUAUUGACCAAAGCUGUCGGAAGUCUUUUCUGUCUCUGAUAAACUUGCUCACUUACCCUGCAGUUUUUGAGCUACUGAGUAAACAAGAUAUACCAAAUAAACCAAUGUAUUCACUCCGUGAAGUACCUACAGAUGUUAUUGAUAUUAUUGACAGGCUUGUAAUUUUGAAUUCAGAAGCUAAAAUUAAUUCCUUAUUCAGUUAUGAACAAUCACAUAUCUUUGGUCUGAGAGAUUUUAUAAUUGAUGGUCUAUCAGUGGAGAGAAACCAUGUUCUUGUAAGAAUGAAUCUGAUUGGAGGACCACAGGAAAGGAUUUUGCCUUUGAGAGUACUAGAUAAGGGCAGUGAUCCAUAUCCUUGGCCAAUGUUUUCAUCGUUCCCUUUGCCAAAGUGCUAUCUUGCAGAGAUUUCUAGGAGAGCUGAAUUGAGACAAGAUAAAGACCUUGACAAGCUCUUAUCACUCUUAAAAAGUCCAGAGAAGCAAACUGGGUGGACAGAAAUUUGUAGAAAACAGUUCUGCAAAGUCAUGAAAGCCAGACCAGGUGUCAUCAGUGGAACAAUUUUGGCAGAAUUAAUUGAAAAGUUCGUGUUGCAUCUUUCUGAAAGCCAAUUGGAUUGUUAUUUCAGCACAGGAGACUAUAAAGCCAUGGAUGCAGAUGUGAAGAAUGAAAGCCUUUCAUCUGUGCAGCAGCUUGGUGUUGAAAUGACAGUCAGAUACGGAAAAUAUCUAAACUUGCUAAAAGAACAUGCUGAAAAUGAGCUGUGCUUCGUGUUAGUGAAUUGUGAGAAAUUUCUGAAGCAGCAGCAGGGAACUGUGGUAUCCUCACUUUGCUGCUUGCAGGAGCGCUGUCCUGGCUACGACUGGUUUGCGUCUUCUGUCUUCCUCAUAAUGGCAGGGGACCAGGAGAAGACACUGACGUUUCUUCAGCGAUUUUCACGUCUUCUUGUUUCAGCAUUUCUCUGGCUACCAAGGCUGCAUAAAUCUAUGCACCUGCCUAUUACCACCGUGGAAUCUGGUAUCCAUCCAGUCUAUUUUUGCAGUGCUCACCACAUUGAAAUGUUGCUGAAAGCUGAGUUGCCACUUGCCUUUUCAGCCUUCCACAUGUCUGGUUUCACUCCAUCCCAGAUUUGUCUGCAAUGGAUAACUCAGUGUUUCUGGAAUUACAUGGACUGGAGUGAGAUCUGUCACUACAUUGCUAUAUGUAUUUUCCUUGGGCCUGAUUAUCAAGUAUAUAUGUGUAUUUCUGUGUUCAGACACCUACAGCAAGACAUCCUGAAGCAUGCUGAAGCCCAAGAUCUUCAGGUUUUUCUUAAAGAAGAAGCACUCCAUGGAUUUCGAGUGAUUGAUUAUUUAGAAUACAUGGAAAGCUUGGAGGCGAUGUACAGACCUAUGCUGCUGAAAGACAUGAGGAACAUAAGAGUGCAGAACACAUAG